CGUAAAUCAUCUUUUCACAAUGAGUCGAAAUUUCAUUCCUGCAACUCUAGCUAUCGGAGUAGGCAUUGCGACGGGGUACUACACCUUCCAGCCUGCAUUACGAGAAUUCCAAACCGAGAAUACAAAGAGCCAACAGAAUCAACUUAAAGAUAAGUUGCAAUCGCAACAAUCUCAGGAAGAAGAACAGCCUGUUUCAGCUCCUGCGCCUAGUUCUGGUUCUCCGGGUGGUGGAGACAGGACAUAAAAGGCCUGUCUGUCUGUUCAAGAAGACAAGAAGACCCUUGCGCUUAGGUAGAUGUCUACUAGGUUGGAAAAUGGAAAAUGGCAGUCCCGGAAGAAAGAAGGUUCUAAGACAGACAGACAGACAGACUCUGCAGUCACUUACAUGUGCUGAAAGGGCUGGCUCCCGUCCAACAUCUAUGUGCGGGAAAAUCUGCCCCAGAGACCAAUGCACUCGCUUGAUGAGCAGAAGAGGCUGGAGCUGCGAGCUUUCUCCCUACUGCAAGAUGUUUAAAGCUUUAAAAUAGACGGGGGAGCUCACUUAGCCUGACAUUUAUAGUUCUUAGAAGAGAUGUACAUACUCCUUUCCCCAAAAUAAUAACCUAGAAUCCUGCCGUGAC